AUGCUAUUCGUUUAUAUACAGCACAUAACAUUGAUUGACUUCGCCUAUGAAAUAAAUGGAAACUGGCAUAAUAAAUCCAAGACGUCUCCCUGCUACACGUUAGCCAUUUAUGUUACCACACUUAUUCUUUACUCAGCUACAGUUUGUGCUUAUACUGCAUUUGUUAUCUUCUAUGGUUUACCUCGUCAGUGUACACUGAAUUUAACUGUGACAGGUAUUAAUGCUGGUCUCACGUUAUUAUUUGCCCUGUGUUCUGCAUUUUCUACAAUAU